CGCUCUGCUCCUCUGCGUGCUCUCAGCCAAACUUGCUCACACACAAACACACGCACGCACACACACACACACACUCGCUCGCUCGCACUCGCGCGCGCAGGCGGAGGACAGGAGUGAAGCUACUGAAGGUUUUUGAGCUGCUGCUGGUCCGAACGUCCACUGAGAUCCGGUUCUGCACACGUUCUCCAUCGCUCCUCAACCCUGUUUCUGUCUAAUUCCCUCUAUUCUCUGGAAGCUUUAACCGAUGGCCCAAAAUGUCGACUAACAACAACAUCGCUCAGGCCCGGAAGUUGGUGGAGCAGCUGCGGAUAGAGGCCGGCAUCGAGCGUAUCAAGGUGUCUAAGGCUGCAGCUGAUUUGAUGAGUUACUGUGAGCAGCACGCUCGCUCUGACGCCCUCCUGGUGGGGGUGCCCACCUCCGAAAACCCAUUCAAAGACAAGAAGCCCUGCAUCCUGCUAUAGCUACAUACAUACACACACACAAACACACACACAAACAUAUUCACAUUCACACCACAUUAAACCCCUCCAGCUCUUGAGUGUGUAUUGAUACAGCUGACUGUACAAGCAGACCUGUAACACAACAUCCACUAGAGUCUGCAUUGACCCUCUACAGCACACUCUUUAGAACAGGGCGUGGUAAUGCUGUAAGGGGACAGAAGGAAAACCAAGUCGUGGCUGGCUUAGUUCAACUCUCCUUGAAACCAGAGCCAAGUGCCCCCCCAUAGUUUACAUUUACAGAGUUUACCACUUCAUUAAGACAGGGAGUAGAUUCAGCAGAUACAGCAAUUUAUAUAGUUAUCACCAGCUUCUCAUCAACUCUAAUAGUUUGAAUCUCAACAAUAAACACAGACAUCACUAUUAUUAGUAACUGUGUGCUCUGGUCCACAUCCUGAUGCCUGUCACUGAAGCUCUGAAUAAUUAACUCUGUGAGUAAAACAAAACAGGCCAGGUUCAAAAUUAACCCAAUGAAAUUUAACAGUUAAAUUGUUAAAAAAUAAAUAAAUAAUGUAAACAAAUGUCAUGAAAGCAAAAUGUAUAAUACAUGAAUAAACAUGAGACACAAAAGCAUAUAUUUAAUAGUAAGAUUUAAAGAACUAUAUUAAAAUGCCAUAAAAUUAACACGUAAUUAAACUAACAAAAAUGUAUUCAAAUGAGCAGAAACAUUGACAUUGGGUGGCGCUAAUCGUAUCUAAUCUAAUGUAACUAACAAUCUAGUGCGGGGCGGGGGCAUGGGGGGUAACUGCAAACAGCACCAGAGCCACUGAUAAAGGGAUGGAACAGACUCUAUCACUGGUUUGACCACCUUGUGGACAUUCCUGCAUUUAUUAUUAACACUAUAAUAACAGAGAUUGAUUUUACUAAAAUUGACUUUUUGCAAUAAAAAUCCCUUACUGUUCCUGAUUUAAAAGUAAACUUAUAACCACAAGAUUUAUGCUUUUAAUUAACUCUUAAUAACAGCCUCUGUUACAGGCCACUAAGAGGCACUGUUUUCAUGGAAUUGCCCAACUGUGGGUGUAAACAAUCCCAGUUUAGGUGCACUUAUUUACCCGUCUGCUGCAGCACACCUGAUGAUUCUAAAGGGAACUGAACUGGGCAGCCAGAGUUACACUCUUCUACACAAACAUCCAUCCAUCAUGAGCCUUCAUCUCCAAACUGACCCUUUUUCUACUAUUCUUUUAUACAGUGUUGACAAACCCUCCAAAACACUAAUUUAGAAAAAUGCCUAUACACACACAAACACAUAUACAGAAUCGCACAUACACACAUAUAAAUAUAUAAAUAUAUCAACACAGAUCGUAUCUAUUAAACCUCCUGCCUUUUUCGAAACGAUGCAGCGAUUCUGAAACGCGGCCCCUGAUUACUUGAAACUGUUUGAAAUAUGAAGAUCUGUAAACCAGCUUUAAAGAAGCAGUUCAGCAGAACAUCAAGGUGUCAUGAUUGACCUCUGACCUUAGAUUUAGUCUAUCAGACAAGGCAUGUUUGGCAUCUGAUUUGUCCUGUGUUAGGUGACAAUGGGAGAUGCUAGGCUAAUGUUGGUAACAGUCAACGGAUUUAGACUGUGACCAGUAUCAGUCCCAGCAAAGUAAUAUUACUAAACAAUAGUGUCAUAAUGGAUUUCUGGAUUAGCUUCGUCUUAUCCAUCAGUUUCGUAUAGAGCUAUACAGUCAGCCAACUUCAGAAAAAAGUUUUUAAAAAUAUUGUAAUUCCUGCAUUUUGUGUACAAUUUAAGACACAAGUAAUAUAUUACGGAUUUCUGAUAACAGUGCUUUGAACACUGGUAGGUGUGAAUACAGUAGCUCAGUGUUGCAUACCUUAAAAUGUUUUGAUUUGUUUGUGCACUGAGUGAGGCAUGUCUGAUAGCAAACAUAUCUUGGUUGAUUGACUAAAUCUGUGGUCUAUGAUCAAUCAUAAACUCUGAGUUUUAGCUAACUUGUUCCUUUUAAGGGCAGAACUAAACUAAUUGUGUUGCCGGUGGUUACGUGAAGGCCGAUCUUGAUCUCUAAAGCCAAACUUGAUUGUAAAAUCCACACGGGAAGAAAAAAAAUGUACAAACUUUCUUUCGGACGCGUGUCCCGUUGUUAACUUUGAGAAAACCUAGUGUUUUGGAUCUGUUCGUUCUUCUUCUUUCUAUGGACCCUAUGGAACCUGGUCAUUUAGUAACAAUGCUGUACAGUGUUUGAUAAUAACUGAACUGUAUUCAUUGUUUUAUAUUUUAUUUGUGUAAUAUUUCUGUUAUCCCUCAUCCUCAUUCAUACUUGUAUUGUGACAGGUUAUCUGCAGCAGUGUGGGCUGGGUGAAGGAGUUGAACGACAGCUCUGGGAAAUGGGGGUGGUGUAGAAUUGUCAUUUUGUUGUUGCAGGUGGAGGAGGUCGGUAUCCACAUUAUAGGGUUUAGUGGUGUGGUCAGGAGGACAGGAAGUACAGUGAUGAACUUACCAGAGUGUGAUGAACCACAUACCCAUACAGCACAUAAUCAUCCCUCGCUGGGGAUUCCUAAUGAACAGCCAACAGACUUUGACAGACACUCUAACCAUGUGACAAUCCAGUGGUGGCCAGUACACCAUGGGGAGAACAGUGCCAUUGUGCAGCCGUGGUCAGAAGCCGGAAAAUACCCAGCCAGCACAAUUCAGUCUUUUGUAUUUUAUCUGCCUUUUAAAUUUCAUGUUCCACAUUAAAUGGUGCUAGGGUUGCAAUCUGGCACCUAUAAUAUUUUCUUUUCCACCUUAAAUGGAGUAGCAUUGACAUAAAUUCCCUGUUGUACCUUAAAUGGUACACUAGUCAUAUUCUGAUGGGUGUCAUAUUUUUUGUUGACUUUGGCAGCAGCAGUUGCAAUCCUUCAUCAUUCAGAUGAUCUGUGCCUCCUUAAUGGUGCAGCAGUUGCAGUCCAGCACCUUUUGUAUUUAAUUUUGUAUUUACAUUCUGCCAUAUUUAAAAUACUCCCUUUGGCGGACAUUUAGGUAAGCUCAUUGUUUACAGCAGCAGCAGCUUUAUCUGAGCAGCAGCACAGGCUGCAGGGAACCCGUGGGGCCGAAUCCGAGACCUCAGCAGCUCGCUGUGUCAGGUGGUCAGAGCUGGACAGUUGGCCGCCUUGUCCUAGUCUGAGCUCCAGUGUGAGAAAGGCGUCUGGGUCUGAGUCUCUUUUUUGACCCACCCUCCAGCUGACCAGGUCAUCAGAGCGCAGUUCUGAGGGCUUAUAACUCUGUUGCAGCCGGAUUCACAAAACAGUAGUACAAAAUACAAAACUCAACACUAAGGCCAUUUUAAUACUGUUUAUAAUUAGAAGGUCAGUUAAUAACCAGAGUACCAUGAUUGAUUACUCCAGAGCUGUAUUAUUGUUUUAGUAUUUCAUUGCAAUGUGCGCAUGCAAAAUAGUUACAAUGCAAAGUGUUCAGUGUUCUGUGAGACAUAUUUAUUUAUACACAUCAUACUAUACCUUGCUUAAUACAAAAGGAAGAGUCAUAAUGACAUAGUCAAUACCAGUGAUGUCCUGGCAAUGAUGCAUAAAAAGCUAUUUGCGUGGCAAUAGCGCCCUCUUGUUUCUGGGUGUGUGUUUACAGAGAAGAGACUGAUGACAGACUAAGGGUGCCUAAACACUAGAUUUAUCCAUGGAUGGAGAAGGGGCACAGUUUGUAAAUCCAGAAUCCAAUGGAUAACAAACUACUUGGAUCAUUUGAAAGACAUAUGGACAUAAUACAGGACAAGAAAUCAAUACACUACUCUGUAAUUUUUUUAGGAAUUUUGGCCGACCCAGCUAAUGCAGCUAAACUGAAAUAAAGUGUUGAAAGACUGCAUUUCUGGUGUUUCAUUAGUAUCUAGUACAAUGGUGGCCACCUUCGUUCUAGUGUAUAGGCAGCCCAGUAUUGUUAUCACUGUUAGCCUAGCAGUUAUUUUUCUAUAGCUGCUUAUCCUGUGCAGCUAUGAAAACAUUUUCCUCUGUCCCAAGCAGUUGUACUAUUUCAAAAGCCUGUGACUUGAAGAUAAAUCAUCAGCGGGGGAUUUGUAGUCUUUAAAAUGAUACAGUAUCACUGUAGUGAAGCUGCAGCACCACUGUAUGUGGAUAGCAGUCUUGUUUACAGCAGAGAUAGCAAUGGGCAUAUUUUUAAUUUCAGUCAGGCUGCCCCUUUAAUUCCAGUUAAAAUUAGUGUGAAUGCGUCUCUAGGCCCAAGACAGAAGACCGAUAAUCCAUGUUAAAGAUGUAAUGUCAUCCAUGGCUGUAUCUCUGGUGGGUUUCUCGUCCCAGAGCGUUCUCCUUCUCCUGCGGCCCCCCCACCUCGCAGCCCAGCAUCAGAGGAAUAGGGCACUGUGGGUUCCAUUAGUAGUGGAGGGGUUCUCCAUUAGAACCCAGUUUCAUCCCAUCUCCAUCAUUUUGUGUUCUUUCCUGUGUGCUCAUCUGUAUCUCUCUCUGCCUUGAUUAUGAAGAAAUAAUAUCUAUUUUUUGUAACUGUUCUUCUCAGACGUGCCAUAAAAUCAUGUUUUCUUGCACACUGUUAAUAUUUUGUGGAUAUUGCUGUUUAAGAAUAUGGAUUAAAAAAGUAGAAAGAAAUAAAGAUGAAAACUGUUACUCA